GUAAAAUUCAACAUUUUUCUGAAUGAGGUCUAUAGGUUUUUUAACGGCGAAUUGAGCAGCGCUUAGGAGUGGGAAAUUUGACAAGAUCAUGGGAAUAGUGUAUGGAGUUGAUAGUGGCACCGUGGUUGCAUUGAUGCUCAUCAGCAAUCAGUGAUUUGGUGAUUCGUGAGGAAACUUCAGUUCAAAUUCCAAAGCGUCAGUCGUUUGCUUAAUAGUUUGACACUAGAUUGGAUGUGACAUUAAAGAGAAUCAUGUUCCCUGCAUACUCUCAUCUCACAGCUUACGAUCGGCACAAGAAAUUGAUCAAUGAUUAUUUCGUUUAUCAAAAAGGUUCUGCGUUAACCUUAAAACGAGAUACGUCGAGGGAUAAAACUGAUGCCGAUGUCCUUCGGGAGCAACACAGAUUUCUGUGGGACGAUGACACCGAAGUACCAAACGACUGGGAAACCAGACUAGCAAAAAAGUAUUACGACAAGUUAUUCAAAGAGUAUUGCAUUGCAGACUUGAUAUACUACAAAAAAAACCAGGUGCCGUAUCGCGUUCUAGUCAGCUCUGUUGGAUUUUGCAUUGAUAAGCCAUUAAUGCUCCAGGUUGCUCUUCGAUGGCGAACUGAAAACGAAGUGGUCACUGGUAAAGGACAGUUUCAAUGUGGAAACAAAAAAUGUGAGGAGAAAAAUGACCUGAAAACCUGGGAGGUGAAUUUUGGAUACGUUGAACAUGGAGAGAAGAAAAAUGCUUUAGUUAAAUUGAGACUUUGUCCACCAUGUUCUUUAAAAUUGAAUCAUCACAGUAAAAAACGGGAGAUCAAGAGAAAAAAGUCUUUGAAAAGGUUGGGCAAAACUGAAGAAAUUCCAGCAACUAGUGGUGUUACUGCAUCCGAAGUUGCGGUAGUUAAAGUUGAGAAAGAGGACACUGUUGAGCCAAAAGCUCAAGAGACCGUAAAUGAAUCAGAAAUUUGGAAAGAAAAGCUCACUGAGAGCAAUGAAAAAUCUCGAGAGGAAGAGUUUGAGGAAUAUUUUGACGAGUUGUUUAUGUAAAAUCUGACGAACAAUCUCGCUCUCCCUCUAGAUACCCGUGUAUGUAUGUAUGUACAUAAUGAUUUCCUGAAUGAUAUUCUGUAUUCACGUACGUCACAAUAAACGAAAUACACCGUAA